AUGGAAGCCUACCACCCCUCACCGCUGCAGGUCGUCAAGACAAACUCGGCUAAAGCAACGGCCAACGGCAGUCCGCAAAGAAGUCUCAGCACGGGGACUGACGAGAGCUCCGGGAGCGCACCCGAGCAACCAGGUUCGAGUCGACAACUGACUGUUGUCAAGAAGCGGGCAAACAGGACCAGCCAACUAUACGGAAGUGGAGACAGUGAGGGGGGCAGCUUUGGAUCGAUCAGCUCAAGGAUUUUCACGCCAGAAAGAGCCGCAACCCCUUUUGCGGACAUUACAACCCCUAAACCUGGUCAGCCACCGACCUCGAGAAGGACAUCUAGCUACAACUUGCCUCGGACACUGACUCCAAAUCUGCUCACGCGACUCCGAUCUUUCUCCAAUGGGCGUAUCCUGUCUAACAAAACUUCCAAAGCGACUUGUCGCCACUAUGACAUCCGGGAUCGUGACUCGAGUGGAUUGUCCGGGUCACCUCGAUGCUCAGACUCGGUUUCUUCAGAAAACAGCGUUGGAGACUACGACUACACCAGUAGCAGCACCUCCUCAGGAUCUUAUGACCCAGAACCGUUCCUACCACUGGGUUUUGAUGGUUUUGCUACCAACCCUUACCGCCUGCCGAGCAACUCGCUUUCGUCGAUACGAGAGUCUGACGGGUCUAUACUUGAUCCAUACUUACUGGUGCCACACAUUGCAAUUACGCCUGAGACGAAGAUACUCGAGGAUGGUGAGACCACACUCUGGGCAGCAAUCGAAAUAUCUGGUCAGCUCUGUCGCCCACACGCCGUUGAUCAUUCCAGGGGAAUCACAAACGCCAACCAUAGCGGCCAGUGCUUUCUCCCAGUUCAUCAUUGUGAAGCAGGACUCUCAAGAUAUGGAUAUCUAUAUGAUGUAACGGUAGAGAUAUUUCCAAGAGCAGAAAGUGUUAUUGUCGAUUUAGUGAAUGAUGGUUCGACAAGGGACAUUAGUCCUGGCUCCAGCCUGCUCACUUUAGCACACGUCCGUCUCAAUGCUGCUCAGCCUCCUCAGGCCAACAAAAGCUCGACUAGUUUGUCAGAUGAUCUCUUUGCUGACCUCGAAUAUCAACUUGGGAGUACCCGAACGGAGUAUAUGAAAGUUCGUGUGUCAUACUGCCACUCUGGGUUUCCGGCAUUCAAGAACACGUCUUCGCAAGAGAGCGGUUCAACAUGUCAAACACGACUAGAGACAACAUCAAUCGGUGUGAUCAAACGGCACAAUCCAGCAUCGGAAUGGUCUCCACGUCCGACACCAUCGCCAGUGUCGAAUUCUUUAUUCGCUAUUAUUGCUUCUCACUGGGGUCCGAUCCGCGCCAACGACACCAUGUACAGGAUUGUGACGACGUGGUCAACCCCUCGAAAGGUAGCCAAUGCUAUAAACCGCAAGGUUGACAGAAGCGAGGACACUAUCAAACCGCCCGAUCGCACAGGGACUGCACCACCACUAAUCGUACCAAGGAGGAAGACGAGCCUCAGAAAGGCCUCGACAGAUCUGGGGACUGACAUGGACCCAGCAAGGAAGAUCUGGACACAAAUGAGACGGACCUCGUCUGGAAGCCGCCCAGCAUACUUCGUCAGUAGGGUCAACCGGAUUCCUGGAUCCUCCACAGACUCAUCAAUGCUUAGUCCUCAGAGGACUGAUUUGAAAUCGGACGUUGAGCGGCAACGAGAUUUGAUUCGAGAAAUGGCACUUCAUAAUAAGAGAUCGAUAGGUGCUGACAGCCUUCGGAGCCUGGUCCCGUCUCCGGUCGAUCUGGGCUUGGAUGACAAGAGAGAAACGACCAAUAGCGAGGAAAGCAACAGCAUGGCAUCCAAUGGAAAUAAGAGAGAAGGGCGGUGGAGUCUCAACCAAUGGUGGUGA